UUUGAUUGGAUUUACUUGACUGGAGAUUUACCAGCUCAUAAUGAUUGGGAACAGACUAAAUCUGGUCAAGUUUCUAUUUUCAAUAAGAUCAUUGGUCUCUUUAAUGAAUACCUCCCUAAUAAGCCAUUGUUCUAUUCAAUUGGUAAUCAUGAAAGUGACCCUGUCAACAGUUUCCCUCCUUCUUCUAUAACUGAAUAUUCAAUGUCAUGGCUCUACGAUAACGCUGCUGAGAUGUUAAAGAAAUGGUUAAACACACCAGAUGCCAUUGAUACUCUUAAAAGUGGGGGAUACUACUCCAUUGAUUUUAAUGGACUAAGAAUCAUUUCUUUACAAACUAAUUAUCAUAACAAGCAGAAUUGGUGGUUACUAGUAAACAGCACUGAUCCUGAUGGAAUGUUACAAUGGUUUAUUGAGAAGUUACUUGAUGCUGAGAAGAAAGGAAUAAAGGUUCAUGUAAUAGGUCAUAUUGCUCCAGGAGAUGAUCCUUGGAGUCAGAACUAUAAGAAAAUUGUUUUGAGGUUUGAAAAUACUAUUUCUGCACAAUUUUUUGGCCACAGCCAUAAAGACAAGUUUCGUGUUUUGAUGGACUUUGAAACUAGCACUGAUCCUAGACCUUAUAGUGUUGUGUAUAUUGGUCCUAGUGUGACAUCAAUGACAGAAUUAAAUCCAGGGUUUAGAAUUUAUACUGUUGAUGGUAAUUACAAUGAGUCCUCUAGACAAGUACUGGAUCAUGAUACAUACAUACUAAACAUUACUGAUGCUAAUCUUACUAAUAAACCAAAAUGGAUCCAUGAAUACUCAGCUAAAGAUGCAUACAAUAUGACUAAUCUCACACCUGAUAGCUGGUUAUCUUUGCUGAAGGAAUGUUUAACUAAUAACAAUCUCUUUUUAAAAUAUUAUCAUUAUAUUUCCAAGUCUUUUAAUAUGGAGUCGCAGUGCUCUGGCCAUUGUCAACAUUCUACGAUUUGUUCUUGUUUAUCAACUUUUAGUAAUAUUUCUGCAUGUGAUGCUAUUGCUCCUAACCUUGUAACUCCAGAGCAAAUGAUGCUGUAUGAAGCAGCUCAUCAAGACUGUUAAAUGCUGCUACUGUUGUAUUAAAAUUAAUCAUUUUAAUGAAAAAUUAGACCUCCAA